AUAAAAAUGCGGAGCUGGGUCUGUACAUAUUAAACUACCAAAAAUACCCCUAGGCAUCUGUUGUGCCUUCUAAAACCCUCUUUUUGUUUUUUCAAGCUCGCUCUUAGAUCUUCCCUUCUCGCCGCCGCCGUCGUCGUCGUUUUGCUAUUUGAAUCCGUAUGACUGACUAUACUGAUUUGGGAUUUUAGUUUUGUUGUUUGCCAUUCUCUACCCGAACUACUCAUUUCUGGAUUCGGCACAACGAUGGCGAAUCAAGCUGCUGCCUCAUUCAAUGGCAACUUAAAGAAAGCUAUGGCAGGUAUAAAGCGUAUCAAUCUCGACGGUCUUCGUUGGCGAGUAUUUGAUGCCAAAGGCCAGGUUCUCGGUAGACUAGCAUCUCAGAUAUCAACUGUGCUUCAAGCCAAAGAUAAGCCUACCUAUUGUCCAAACCGCGAUGAUGGGGACAUUUGUAUUGUUCUCAAUGCUAAGGAAGUAGGCAUCACAGGAAGAAAGCUCACCGACAAGUUCUACCGCUGGCAUACUGGGUACGUUGGACACCUGAAAGAACGGAGUCUGAAAGAUCAGAUGGCCAAAGACCCCACAGAGGUCAUCCGUAAGGCUGUCUGGCGUAUGCUUCCAAGUAACAAUUUGCGUGAUGACAGAGAUCGGAAGCUCAGGAUAUUUGAAGGCGAUGAGCAUCCUUUUGGGGACAAGCCACUCGAGCCAUUCGUGAUGCCGCCUCGUAGAGUAAGAGAGAUGAGACCGCGCACAAGGCGAGCAAUGAUCCGUGCCCAAAAGAAGGCAGAGCUGGCAGAAAAUGGUGGAACAGAGGUAAAGAAAGGCAAGAAGAGGACUCCCUCUCAAGUACCUGCAUAGUGAUACAAUGAUAUAUCAGAACACGUGGUCAAGUUUCUUCGUUGCAAAACAGAGCCAUCUCUCAUAUCAGAACCUCUGCAUGAUUACAGAAGGAUCGUUAUCUUCUCCCUUUCUUGUUGGGCAAUUAAUCUUUGAAAAUGGGGAAAGCUUCAAUCAUGCUAAAUUUUAGAAUAAGACAAGAUUACACAAAGAGUGGGAAUAAUAAAUAACCUUGUUUCUUUACUUCA